UAAUUUUGUAAUACAGUGUUUUCCUUGUGCACAAAGUAAUUAUUUUGAACAAAAAUGCCGAGAAAAAAUAGCAAGGGUCGUGGCUGGAAUAAUAAUCGACCACAGCAAAGACGAGAUAACUCUGAAAGAAGGCAAUAUUACGGUCAUGAUGACAGAACCUUAUACUCUGACCGUGACUCCGUGCCAAGGGUAUCGUUUAAAACGUCAAGGAUUGGUAAAGGAGGUCGAGGCGAAAGGCACAAUAAGGACAGACAAAGAGACUUAGAAGCUGGACUGAGACGGCACUUGGAUGAUGAUACCGAGAUGUCUGACGAAGUGAGGCAAAACCGCGGUCGGUCUAGCGGAUGGAGAGGCAAUGCAAGAGGCAUGGGUCGGGCCAGAGCAAGAAGGAAUAGUCCCGUGCCUUCCAGAGGAGUAGAUGAUCACAGACAAAGAAAUUUACAUGCGGCUCCUGCAAAUUGUUACAAAGUUCAUAUCCCAAAUGCCGCUACAUUUGACAAAGAAUAUUUGCUUGAGAUUCUAACUUCUCAUUUAGCACCUGAUACAUUAAUUCCAAUUAUGUAUAAACUCCAAGGUAAUGAUGUUACCUUCUACAUAGACGAAUUUACAAUAGCAAAUAAACUGCUGAAAGCCGAUCGUCAAAUAAUAACCAACAAUGGAGCCAAAUUGAAUAUCAAAGUGAGGCCUUAUUUUCCACCAGCCGAAGUUGACCAGCAAUUCAAAGAUCGAAUUAAAAUUGCUAUUGUAAAGCGAUAUGUGACAGCAAGUGCUCUUGAUUUAUCACAGUUUCACAGAGACAAAGAUUUGUAUCAGGAUAUGUUUUGUGCAUUGUUUCAACCCAAAAUAUUGACGGUUGUGAUAGAUAUAAUAAGUGAGCACACCCCAAACUUGGAAGCACUUAACUUGGAUGGCAAUAAGUUGCAAAACAUUGACAGAUUUGGUACUCAACUGCACACAAAAUUACCGAAUUUGUCGAUAUUACACCUUAGUAAUAAUCGAAUUCGAGAUUUGAAAGCAAUUGAUGCACUGAAGCAAUUAAAGCUGAAAGAACUUCGAUUAUUAGGUAACCCCAUAUGUGAUAAAUACAAACAGCGGCCAGAGGAAUUUAUUAGUGAUAUUCGGAAACGAUUCCCAAAACUUCUCAAAUUGGACGAUAUGAACCUUCCACCUCCAAUUGGAUUUGAGAUAGCAGCAGAUGAAGAUGCAUCAAAACUGCCAGUAUCUCAACGAGUAUUUUCAAUAACUAAUGAAACUCGUCAAGUGGCUGAUGCAUUCCUUCAUCAAUAUUUCCUCAUUUUCGACAGCGAUAACCGUCAACCGCUGCUUAAUGCAUAUGAUGAACAAGCAUCGUUUAGUUUAACUAUUGCAUGUAAACACGACAAUUUAAAUAGAUUCAAGGAGUACCUGCCACACAACAGAAAUUUGUUCAGAAUUACUGAUCGGGAAAGAAGACUAAAAUUAAUGAAGCAAGGCAGAUUACCCGUUGUUUCGUUUUUAUCGGAGAUCCCAAAAACUAAGCAUUGUUUCAACAGCUUUUCCAUGGACAUUAGUCUUUGCUCGCAAGUGGCGAUGGUAGUAAUGAUAACUGGGGUUUUCCAAGAAGUGGAAACUGAUAAAAAGGAACUACGUUAUUUCAGUCGAAGCUUGCUUAUAGUUCCCCAGGGAUCGGGGUUCUGUAUUCGCAAUGAACAAUUGCAUAUAACCGAGCCGACAGAUGACCAAAAAAAGCAAGCUCUAACAGAGCUUUCUGCUGACAACAGUAAUGCAAGAAUAACAGAAUCCAGUGGACCAGUAGUAGCUCAACAAGAUCCGCACCUGCAAAUGGCUAUGGCUCUUAGCCAACAGUCUGGUAUGAACCUGGAAUGGAGUAGGGAGUGCCUAAUCAAAGUGCAAUGGAACUUUGACAUGGCUCUCGCAGCAUUUAAGAAUUUUCAUGAAUUGGGACAAGUUCCGCCGCAAGCGUUUCAGAAAUAAAUUUAGAACAUUCCGUUCAAUGAGGGAACUUGGUUUAGCUUAUAUUACUGAAACUAAUGUACAUACAAUUCGUGC